GUAGUGGAGAGUGGAGAGUGGAGAGGGAGCUGGAGAUAAAGCACACGGAUGGAACGUCAACUAUACACUGUCCUCCGCCACCAUUUUCACUGUUCCUUCCAUUAGCUAUCUCUUUAGCUUUAAAUCCAAACAUGUUUCCAGCUGUUUAGCUCAAGCUCUGAUUAUAAAUUUUUGUUUUUGUUUUUCCUUUCCUUGUCUUAAAGAGUAAAAGAGAAGGGAGAAAUAUAGAGGUGUGAGAUGGGGUGCACGGUAUCGAAGCUAGACAACGAGGACACUGUGCGGCGGUGCAAGGAGCGGCGCCGCCUGAUGAAGGAAGCGGUGUACGCCCGGCACCACCUGGCCUCUGCCCACUCUGAUUACUGCCGCUCCCUCCGCAAUACGGGCUCGGCCCUCGUUACGUUUGCUUCCGGUGAACCUAUCUCCGUCUCUGACCAUACUCCGGCGGUCCUCCUCCGCAAUUCAUCCUCCAUCUCCAACACCACCGCAGCCAACACUUCCAAACCCACUUUCAUCCCCCCUCCUCGUCACAUUCCCUCCCCUUCCCCAUCUUUCCACCCCCCUCCACCGCCACCACCCUUGUCUACCACCUCUACCCACCGCUCCCACCACCAGCAGCAGCCAACGCGCCUCAAAAAAUCAAUGAAACUCCCACAUAUUCUGUCAGACUCCAGCUUCUCAUCCUCCCCACCACCAACAUCCCAUAAUUUCGACGGAAAUUUUACUUAUGACGCAAGAGCAAAUUCGACUUACUCCAACACCCCCUCCCAGGCCUCCUCCGUAUGGAAUUGGGAGAACUUCUAUCCUCCCUCCCCUCCAGAUUCCGAAUACUUCCAGAACCUCCACACCAACAAGAAUACAUCCCGAAUUAUUCAGGAAGAAAGCCAUUAUGGUGGUGAUGAUGAUGACGAUGACAAAGAAUCCAGCUUAUCAUCGUUUUCUAAUACUCACGAUCAGAUCAAUAACUAUCAAAAUCCUAGCAGCAACAGCAAGAAGCAAUUCGACGACAAGGCGUCCAAUUAUUCAUCGUAUUCCCGGUAUUCAGAUAGUGGGAACAGUUAUGUAAGAAAUCAUCCUAAACAAGGUCCUGUCCCAGUUCAAAAGAAAGGUCACCGUGUUAAAAACUGGGAAAGCGAAGAAGAGGAGACCGAGAGAGAAGAAGUCCAGUGCAGUGAAUGGGGGGACCAUGACCAUCAUAUUAAUACAACGAGCUCCUCUGAUGAGGAUGAAGCGGAAGAUCUCAGGUCCAGAUCUGAUUUUGGGUCUCAAUGGAAUUACGGGUCGGUGAAAAAUGAGCCUGCUGCCGCUGCUGCUGAUGUGGGGAAUUUGAAUGCGAAUUUGAAUUCCAAGCCAUCUAGUAAAUCCGGGAAGCUUUCCUCGGAUGAUAACAAGUCAUCGGUUGGUUGGGGAAAUAGGAACGAUGAAGGGAUGAAUUCUGAUAGGAGGAUUGUGGUGAGGCACAAGAAUUUGGUUGAAAUUGUGGCAGCACUCAAGGAGUAUUUUGAUAAGGCUGCUUCUGCCGGUGAGCAGGUAUCUGAGAUGCUGGAAAUCGGACGAGCUCAGCUCGAUCGAAGCUUUAAGCAGUUGAAAAAAACACUCUAUCACUCAAGUGGAAUGUUGAGUAACUUGAGCUCAACCUGGACUUCAAAACCUCCAUUGGCUGUUAAGUACCGGCUCGAGCCGAGUUCGCUUGAUCAGCCAGGAGGUCCGAAGAGCCUUUUUUCAACUUUGGAACGGCUUUUGGCGUGGGAAAAGAAACUAUAUGAAGAAGUGAAGGUACUGGUCUGAACCUCGAUUUUCAUUACUUGAAUUAGUUGUCAAUCUGAUCUUGUGUUAUUUUCUGAAAUCAAGUUUGAUUUUCCUCCAUGUAAAUGUAUGCUGACGUGUCAUAGAUGCCAUAGUUGACUAUGGCACAAAGAAGUCUAUUUGUUGCCUUGUAUUUUGUAUUGAAACGAAAUCGUGGCUUUUCUGGAAUUAGCACUUGUGCUAUUGCGGGUGGUGGCGGUUUUAAAUUGGACGGUUUAAGCUUAUCCACGAAUGUUUGUCAAAGCUCCUUUCUUGUGUUAUCUUGUUUGUUGGAUUUCCUUUAUACAUGGAAUGACUAAUUUGCCCUGAGUACCUGGUUGUUUGGUCUGAGAAAGACAGCCUGGAAUUACUUUAGGAUGUUUGGUAAGAUGCUGAAGGUUCUACCUCCCCAACUAACUUGUCUUUAGUACUGGUGGCAAAAAUAUGAAGGAAUUCUUUUAUGUUUAAUAGUUGUUAAUAUUGUUGCAGUUGUUCAAGACUUCUAAAAGUCCUAGAAGUAUGACUGUCAAUAAAAGGAAUCUAGUUAAUCAAGAUGAAUGGAUGCUUUGUUAACUUCUUAGUUCAUGCUGCU